AUGGACGGGUAUAACAGUCUCCGUGGGCGUGAAUCCUCGCGUGAAUCCGCAUUUUCGGAAGCGCCAGAGUACGGGAUGAUGGCAGAAUCUUCACUGGACCGCCACAGCGGCAUCGUCGAGGGGGACGGUAUCGGCGUGGAGAGCACCAACUCCCUCCACCGGACCUGGGACCCGACCCCCACCCCCGUGUCAUCCUCGAGUCGGCACAUGGCCUCGGACGAGAACCGGCCUCUCCUCUCCCGCCACGCCAGACAGAUUGAGGAGAGGAGAAAAGCCAAGCAGAAGAAGCUGACGAUGGUGUUUGGAGUGACCAUACCCUGCAUCCUGUCCAUCUUCUCUGUGGUUCUCUUCCUCAGACUGGGUUUUGUCCUGGGACAGGCUGGGUUCAUUCAGACGAUGGUGAUGGUGUUGGUGGGCUACGGUGUAGUGAUCCUCACUGUCCUCUCCAUCUCUGCCAUUGCCACCAGCUCCACUGUGGAGGGAGGAGGCGUCUACUUCAUGAUCAGUCGUGCCCUGGGCCCAGAGUUUGGAGGAUCAGUGGGUGUCAUCUUCUUUGUUGCCAACAUCUUUGCCUCUGCUUCCUAUAUCAUUGGUUUUGUGGAAGCUCUAGUGAACAACCUGGGCGUGGGAGGUUCCCUGCUUCAUGGAAAUGAGGGGAUUCCAGUGAACUACUGGUAUAAUGUACUCUAUGGGACUGGAGUACUGCUGUUCUGUCUCAUCGUCUGUCUCGUUGGAGCUAGUCUGUUUGCCAAAACCACUUUCAUCAUAUUCUGCUUCGUGAUGCUCUCACUGUUCAGUGUGAUGAGCCACUACACACAGGACUACACAAAUUUGGGCAAGACAAUGAAUUUCCAGCUAGUCUUUGCCAUCAUGUUCAAUGGCUGCACCGGAAUUAUGGCUGGAGCCAACAUCUCUGGAGAUCUGAAGAACCCAAGUGUUGCCAUUCCUCAGGGCACACUCCUGGCCUGUGGCAUCACCUUUGUCAUCUACAUCUUCCUCUUCGCGUUCUCUGCCUUCACCUGUACUACUGAGUUACUCCUCAACAACUACAACUACCUUCAGUACAUCAAUGCCCUGCCGUGGAUGAUCACCAUCGGAGUGUUUUCAGCCACGCUGUCUGCAGCUCUCUCUACCCUCAUCGGAGCCUCCAGAGUACUCCAGGCUCUGGCCAAAGACAGACUCUUCACUGCUCUGGGUGCCCUGAGCUGUCUUUUUCUGAUGUUCUACAUCAACCCAACCUAUGCUGGAGUGACUAUUGCUGUGAUGGUGAUCCUGUUCAUCUACCUGCUACUGAGAGGACCUGCCACUCCAUGGGGAGAUGUAUCCCAGGCCCUCAUCUACCACCAGGUCAGAAAGUACCUCCUGAGACUGGAUAUCAGGAAGAGCCACGUCAAGUUUUGGAGACCAGAGGUGCUACUGAUGGUUUCAAACCCACGCUCGGCCUACAACAUGAUAGAGUUUGGCAAUGACGUGAAGAAAGGCGGCCUCUAUGUUCUUGGUCAUGUUAUCACUGAACCAUUUGGUCCAGACAUGGCGGAGUCAUUCAGUGAGAAUCUGAAUACGUGGCUGACAUUUGUGACCAUAUCAAAGAUGAAGGCAUUUGUGGAGUUGAUUCCAGCACCAUCCAUCCGGGCGGGCACCCAGACACUCCUGGCAACGGCAGGAUUGGGUGGUAUGAAGCCCAACACUCUGGCCAUGGGGUUCUACACCAAGGACAUACCCAUCAACACUCUGGAAACUUUGCACAACAAACUGUUGAAGAGACACAAGGUAGUCCGCUCCCUCCUCAAGGACACUUCUCUGGAGAAGUAUAAUCACAUCAACAAAAACCUGCCUCCUCUCAGACAGUCUGUAUCGGAACAGAAAUUGUCGGUCAAAGACUAUGUUGGCAUAAUAAAUGAUGCAAUAAUCAUGAAGAAGAAUAUCUGCAUCCUUAGACAUUUUGAGUACCUGGAGAGAGAGAGCAAGACUCGGCGCUACAUUGACGUGUGGCCGCUGUGUGUGUGGCAGAACGAGACGUUUGACACCACGUUCCUCCUCCUCCUCCAGCUCUCCUGUGUCCUCCACAUGAAACAGGGGAAGUCCAACACCGACCUUAGGAUCUUUAUCGUUGUGGAAAAUAAUGAAGGCACUGAAAAAAAGGUCUUGGAGGAACUUCUAAACGAGACCAGAAUCAAUGCAGAUGUUAGGAUUGUCACAUCACCGGCAAAGCAGCAGUUUUCAAUCUGCACAUUCUCAGAGAGUUAUGCUGCUAAAGCCUCGGAGACUGCAGGUCACAAGCAGGACCACUACAAGAAGUUUAACUCCCUGAUGCAGCAGUACUCUGCCGAGGCCAGUGUUGUGUUAACAUCUCUGCCAACUCCUCCAGAAGAUCCCUUUUCAGCUGAAAACUAUGUCAAUGAGCUGGAGAUUUUUACCGGUAAGACUAUCAUGUAG